AUGGCGUCAGCCCCCGUGUUUUGGACCUCGGGUAAGACUUGCCUUCGGGCCAGCCCGAGGAGGUGGGUCCCACCCCCCCCCCCGGCCUGGGCUGCUCCGCUGGAACGCCAUUUUUUUUUCCCCCCUAGCCUCGGGCUGGGCUGCACGGGUGGAAAGGCUCUCAUGGGUGGAAUCACAAAUGCAUAG